UUUUUUUCGUUUCGCCGAUCUGCUCACAUUCUCUUCCCGGAAUCUCCGCAAUUUCCCCCGCGGAUCUGAUCUCUGUUUGCCGGAGAUCCGAAUUUCCGGAGAUUAUUUUCGACAAUUUUCGGUUGCUUUCUUGCCGUUUCUUUUGGGGGUUUUCAGGGUGAAUUAUCGAGAUUCGUUCCCAUGUCGGAGUCUCAUCAGGAUUCUCAGCAAUAUCCACCUUCUAAGCGGCAGCAUCAUCCUUCUUUGUCUUCUAUGAAGCCUCCGUUAGUUGCUCCCGGCGAGUAUCACCGGUUUGACGCGGCGGAGACUCGCGGAGGUGUAGCUCCUGAUCAGGUUUCUGAGGCGAUUGUUCUUAAAUCUGCUCUGAAGCGCAAGACAGAUAUGGUAAACCAGAUAGAUGAGCCCAAUGAAUUGAAUACCGGUGUUCUCCAAACACCUGUAUCAGGAAAAGGAGGGAAGGCCAAAAAAUCAUCUAGGUCAGUGAAGUCUAAUAAAACUGGAACGCAAGCUUCUGGUUCUAAUGCAGGUUCUCCUGGAAAUAACUUUGCGCAGGCUGGUACUUGUCGGUAUGAUAGUUCUCUAGGUCUUUUGACAAAGAAAUUCAUCAAUUUGAUAAAACAAGCAGAGGAUGGUAUCCUUGAUCUAAAUAAAGCAGCUGAUACUUUAGAGGUACAAAAGAGACGGAUAUACGAUAUAACCAAUGUGUUAGAAGGAAUAGGUUUGAUAGAGAAGACGCUCAAGAACAGGAUUCAGUGGAAGGGUCUCGAUGUCUCAAAACCAGGGGAAACAAUCGAAAGCAUAGCUAACCUACAGGAUGAAAUACAAAACCUCACAGCUGAGGAGGCCAAAUUAGAUGACCAAAUCAGAGAAUCGCAAGAAAGAUUAACAAGCUUGAGCGAGGAUGAGAACAAUAAAAGGUAUCUGUUUGUUACUGAAGACGACAUUAAGAACCUACCAUGCUUCCAGAAUAAAACGCUGAUAGCGGUCAAGGCACCGCAUGGAACGACUCUUGAGGUGCCAGAUCCUGAUGAGGCUGGUGGUUAUCCUCAGAGGAGAUAUAGAAUAAUCUUGAGAAGCACAAUGGGACCAAUAGACGUGUAUCUAGUCAGUCAAUUCGAAGAGAGGUUUGAGGAAAUUCCUCAGGCUGAUGAGCCUUCAAAUGUUCCAUCAACGUCUGGUCUCCCUGAGAACCAAAAUGUAGCCAUGCCAAUGGAGGAGGACAGCACCGACAAAAACUUGGAAACAGAGGAAGUUGAUGACACACAAAGAGUUUACUCCGACAUCGAAUCUCAUGACUUUGUUGAUGGCAUCAUGAAGAUUGUUCCUCCAGAUUUGGAUAUGGAUGUAGAUUACUGGCUUCGAUCAGAGGUAGGCGAAGUGAGCAUCACAGACUUAUGGCCAAACGAAUCUAAACCGGACUGGGACCAGAUGGUUUCAUUUGAUCAAGACGCAGGACCCAGUAACACAAGCCUUGAACAGCCACAAAGUCCAUCGAGCCCAACACCCGAACAUUCCACUCCUACGAAAUCUACAGGUAGCUGAAGUUACCUUGCCACAUUACAAGCACCACCAUACAUCUGUACAUAGAAUUUGAUUCCAGAGUUAUGUUGUACUUGUAUAGUAGCUGCAUGCGUUACCAUAGAAUUAGACAUUGCAUAACAAACCAACCUUUCGUUGUAUUUUCUUUUUCUUUCUUUUUAGUUAUUAGCUUCUCGGCUUAUAUAGAAUAGUCUUAAGUCUUAACCCAUUUCUUUCAUAAGAUUGGUCUUUAUUCAAGUGAGAAGUGAC